AUGGCUGGGCCAAUGAUGAGUCCAAAUGCGUCUCUGGAUCUCGAGAAUGCCUGGCAAGCUGGGCCUGCGCAGAAUCCCGCGGCGCUACAUCCUGCGUCUAUGGACGGCGCCUGGAAGCAGGCACAGGCCGGCCCGGCAGGUGCAGCGAUGUCCAGCACCGGCCCAAUGGGCCCGAUGAUGGGUCCGAUGAUGGGCAUGGGUAUGAGCAUGGGACCCAUGAUGGGCAUGGGCAUGGGCAUGGGCCCCAUGCUUCGGGGGCCGCAAACCGGCCCCUUGAUGCCAGCGCCGGCCAUGGCAGCUUCAGUCACUGCGCCUGCAGUGACUGCAGAUGUUGCUGCCAAGGAGGCUGCACCGAUCGAGACAAUCACAGAAGAGGCGCCGCAGGUUGAAGAAGCGGACCUUGGGCAAGCUGCCCAAAUGGUGGAGAUGCUCAGAAGCAGCGGGAACACCAAGCUCGCCAACUCCAAAUUCGUGAACUUCAUUGACUUGGUCAGCAAGGGGGAUCUCCAGUUCAAAGAGAACACCGUCAUUGACAGGGAGGGAAACCAAGUAGACUGGGAGGCGUUGUACGACACUGAUCUGGCCACUGCAUCGUCCACUGACAGAGCUCAGAUGGAGACAAUGUGGAAAGCUUCAGCCGACGGGUCAGGCAUGGAGGCUGUGCUGAACAGGGCCGGCAUGAACCAUCCACUAGGGAUGGAAGACUUCGAGGGAGAUCUUGACUUCGGAGGAAUGGCCAAGCAAAGAGACAUUCUCCAGGAGGUGCUUGGCAACCGCGAGGAGGCAGAUGCUGCUCUUGAGCAGAUGCUACGAGGCUUUGAUGACUUCGAUCCCUUGACCAUGGAUCUCGGUGCCAUCCAAAGGGCGAAGGAGUACAAGUUUGCAGAAGAGAACCCCUUCAGUGAAAUCACGGACCCCCUUGCGGAAGCCAUCAGGCUCAUCAGAGAAGGUGCCCAGUGGAGCAUGUGA